GGGAGAUCGAAGUGAAAAGCCACUGAGAACAUCGCACUGUAGAACGUAAAAUGCAGAGUAAGAGAGAGCGUACAGCAUUUCUGAGAUUUUAGGUUCUGGAACAUAUCCAUGAAUGGGACAAGAACAGAAGUAUUCCAUUGCCAAUGAAAUGUGCCUGCCCAUAUAGAACAUUGACUGAGCUGACGCAUGUUACUGUGAUAGUAUAAAGCAAGUACAUUUUCACUGCAUUGCAUGAAUACAAUGUCCAAAGACGAGGUGACCUGCAAGAUUAGUGCAGUAUACAAACACAAGGAGAGGAAGCCAAAGAAACCUCAUUAUAUUCCAAGACCAUGGGGAAAACCAUACAACUACAAAUGCUUCCAGUGUCCUUUCACCUGCAUGGAAAAAUCACAUCUUUACAACCACAUGAAGUACAGCUUAUGCAAGAACUCCCUAUCAUUGCUAAUUGAUUCUGACUGGCCUUACAAGAAGAGCAAUAUUCUCAACUCAGAUCUGUGCUUACUACAAAAUGCUGCUGAACACAUUCGAACAGGAAAAGCUAGCGAGGCACCAGAAAGCAGCAAUAGGAAUUCAGUUGCAGGAGACACUUCGGGCAAAGUCCCUGACAGAUGGAAUGCCUCUAGUGCCAGUAGAGAAUUAAGCCCAGAUGUGACCAUUUUGGAAGGUAUAGAUAAACUGGCCCACUCUUUAAGAGACAGGGAAAAGCCAACCUUUUCCAUUGAAGCAGAGGCAACAGAGAAAGUGCAGGAGUCCAGAUGUUCACCUGACACUGAUGUGCAGCCUCCCCCAAGAAAUAAAAUGGCUAAACUUAGCAAAAAGACUGAAACUGAUUUCAUCAUAACUGAUGUCUUUGCCCUGAAGGAUUCAGUCGUGAAGAAUAAGAUUUUGCCAGCUGCAGGACUGGAAGCCAAACUGAAGCAGUCCAAGCUCCCUAAGAACUGUGUGAGCAGUAAUGGUAUCCUCAUGGAACAGUGGAGGCUGUUCACAUCUGGGCAGCGAAGAAAUGCAGCUGACAUUUCUCCACCGUGUGCUAAUGCUAAUGUGAUUCCAUGCUAUCCACCACCAACACGCAGGGACUACCAGGAGGCACAAGGGCUAAAUCUCUCAGUUCUUGGAGUUAAUCACCCAAUGAACCAAAAUCUGUUCUCGUAUUUGAAUCCCAAGAUCAUUCCUAACGCAACAACCCCGGCUCACCUGCCUUUCCUAGCCUCAUCUGCCCAACUAAUCCAUCCUCACUCUGGGCAUUUACAAGCAAUACAUCUCCCAGAAAGAUUGCCAGCUCCAUCAAGAUUCUUCUACCCGCUGUUAUUCGAACACACGUUCAGUUCAGUAGGUAGCAAGGUGACAACAGGCAGAGAAGACCAGCUGCCAACAAAUUCCACACCUCCAAGCAUUCUUACACCUCGAUCGCUCGAUAUUCCCGAUAAAACCCACUUGCAUAAGAUUCCAACUCUGAGGCCUCAAAUGAGCCACUGUUCUGGUCAGCUGGAAGUGUCCUUAGCUGAUACCAGUCACAAAUCCCUUUUGUCACGUGAUGAUCAAGAAAAAUGCUCAACACCAUCCAUCGAAAAGACUGCAACAUCUCACGAGAAUACGAUCACCUUGAAGUCACCAACCGAAGUUAGUAAGGACUCGAGAGAUAUCCAAGAUGUGCUCAUUCAUCCCCAACUCCUAAAAGGGCAAGAGGCAUGCGUGCAAAUUUCUGCUGGAGUCAGUGAACCUUCAAUAAACUUUGUAGAACAUGAGGCACAGUCAUCAGUGUUUUCACUAGACCCAAACACAAACUCAACCAGAUCAACACUGCCGUUACAUCCUCUUACAGUAGAAACGCUAAAGCAACCAAACAAUGGUUUACAACCUUGCAUGGAGAGUUUUUCAUCUCAUCAAAAUGCGUUUCCCCAGUGGGGCACAGAGACUGACGAAAUGGCCAAAGAACAUCACAGGAACAGUCCAGAGUUUAGACAUCUGUCCCCAGCUGAAUCUUCUCUGAAAAGUAACAGCCUCUGUAAAUCUAGGAAAAUGUCCCACUACUUUCAGAUAGCCCAGGAGAAAGGUGACUCUGCAGUGCUGAUAGACGAUCUCUACAAGGCGAUACAUGAAUAUCAAGAUGUUGAAGAACAGCUUUGCACGGUGGAUAAUGAAGACACGCCUGGGCAGAAACAACUGAGGGGCCAGCUCACAAAGAUUAGAAAGGAACUGCUGCACAUCCGGCAGGCACUGGAAGAGACCAACAAGAAGAGUGAAGGACCCCUUGACCUGUCUGUCAAAAAGUCCCUUGAUGGCUUUGUAAAGAGCUGUACGAGCAAUGAUGCCUCACAAGAAGCAGUUGAAAAAUGUGCCAAUCAGAAAAGAAGUUUAGAGGAAAUAAAGCUAAUGGGCAACAAGUGUAAAGGAAGAAAAUUGAUGGUACAAGAGAACUGCUUUGGAGAUUCUGAAAACACCUCAUUAGAUUUGUGCAUCAAAAUACACAACUUUGAAAGACUGAAGACUAGCUCCAACAUCAACACAAGUACAGUCAGUAAGGCAAACCUAACUGAACCAAGUAGCCCCCAGCUGCUCAGAAGUGUUUCCGCAGAACGAACUUUUAUAAGCAGAACCACAAAGUGUGAAGCAGAUUCCAGUGUGCCUCUAAGGUCCCUAUCAAGCAAUAGACAGAAUGAAGGCGAGAAAUUGUGCACACUCAACCCUUUAGUAGCAGAGACAUUAGGUUUGGUAAAGCAGAGCAGGAUCAUUUGAAUUCGGCAAUGUGAGGAAGGAAACACUGUGAAAUUGGUGCAUAUGUAAACAUACACGCCCAAUUAUUGAGCAGCACUGGAACAGAUCCAUACAAUAUUAGAACUGAAAUGCAAACAUUGUUUAAAUCAGAAUUUUAUCAAAAAGAACAAAAUGAAAUUGUGUUUAUAAUCCAAGUCUCAAUCUCCUAUGUACUGCAUGACAGAAUAUGUCCCAUCAAUUCCAUAUCUCAUCAAUUAUGUAUAUUCUAUGUGUUAGUGUUUACAACUUCUUGCUCUGACAUUGCUUACUAUAGGCAGAUGUAUAGACAUGAUACAAUUAUGUCUGAGAAAUUUUAACUCCCGUUUUCCUCCAAAAUUAUUCCCAUUUAGAUAAACCAAUGUAUUUUUUUGAAAAUGACAGGGUAGAAAUUGUGAUGUACCUGGUGCCUGUACAGGGUCCAAAGUGGACACCAUGUUCGGGAGUGUGCCAAUAAAAGUGACAGAAAUGUGCGUGAGAUGUCAUUGUGAUGCAGGCACAGGAAGUCCCCACAAUCUCAUUCAAUUAGCACAGAUGUCAUUGAAAUAUUGUAAUCACACUCCAGCAAAUCAAUGCCUAACUGCCUGUGAAAUGUUAUUUCCUUAAUCUGUCCACCAUGGUGGAAUCAGCCUGAAAGCAGCUUGUAGAACUCAUAACUAAAGGGCUAUUCACGUUCAUGAAGGUAAUUAGCUGGUCAGUUGUUUUAAACUUUUUGAUUGCCUGUGAGACAGGGUUGCAGCUUCUAUAACUGUUUGGCUGUUUUGUAGCGUUAAUCUGUUAAAUGCCCUUAUAGUGAAGUGGUACUGUCCAUGCCUUUAGCCAGGAGGCCUUGCUUCAAGUCCUACUUGCUCCAGAGGCAUGUCACAAUGUCUCUGGAAAGGUUGAUCUAAAAAUAUCUCGAGUUCAGUUGUCAAGGUCUACAACUGAGUCAUUCAGUUCAAACCUGAGGAAUGCUGUUGGACUUUACCAUUUGACUCUUGAAGGAGGCCAUGAAAAGGCAGCAAGGAUUGGCUGCAAGGAUAUAUGCAGGUAGAAGAUGAAAGCAAAGAUGAGUCUGGAUUCUUCAGGACACGAUGACCACGUGUGCACCUCACGCACAGGCAGUGUAUAAGGCGGAUGUGACCAUCACUUACCUGUGCUGCACGCUAUGUCAGAAAAUUGAAACCCACUACCUGAACAUGCACCGCAUCAUCCAUAUAGCUCCCAGUGUUUUAUACAGCUGACCCCUUCAUCUCACUGCACUUUCAUUGAAAUGCCUUGUUUAGACCUUGCUAAAAAGACACAUGAAGCCUUUUGUCUCGCACUCCAGGGCUGAAAUGCAAAUUAAUCAGGUUUAGAAAUGGUGCAACGAGUUCUGUAACAUGAUUUACUUGUUUUUUUUUAUUGUCAUAAGUGUAAAGUGUUGUGUAAUGUCACCACUGUCCGGCGCUACCUUAAUGCACAGAAAAAUCAACCAAAACAUAGAAUAUAAAGGCAGAAGAAUUGUUCUGUUGUUCUUUCCUCAUUGAAUCUUUUCAAUGUAUUGACACAUCACGAUUGCCUAAAAGAACUGAGAUCUGUGUGUGAAUAAAUAUAACACUUACAAAUGAUUCAUUUUGUGUGCCUGCCUGAUAAUCUUAUGUUUUCCGUUAUGGUGUACACACAUGUUAUUUCUAGGCAAAAGGAAUUUGUCCACACAUUGUAUCUUUUUCAAUGAGGAAGGGGCAACGGAGACAGCCAAUACCUGUUGCAGUAGCUGUAGCAAUAUACAGAUCAAUCAAAGUUGACUUUCUUGGUUUGAAUGCAAUUAGUUAGCUCAGAUCGACAGUUAACAGUUACUGCUGCAUCUCCAUCUCAACCAUUGUCCAACCUAUCAGCACCUUCUUCUUGUGCAGUAUAAAUUGUGGUUCCCUUUCUGAAAUUGAUUUUCUUGUUUUUCAGUGCUGGAGAGCACAAGACAAGACACUUUGACUCCCUAUUUCUUUAUUGCCUAGUUUAGGUUACUUGUCUGGACAGAAUAAUGGUACAUUCAUAUAUCCUGACAAAAUAUUGGGAUGAAACAAAAGCUGGUUACAAAUCCCUGCAGACACCAUGUUUCUGAUCUGUCCCUUGAUGAUGUCAACAAGCUGCUCUUCAAAUGAAGACAGCUCAGGAUGACCUAUCGUAGCCUUCUCCCUCUUCUUCUGUCUGGUAUUGGUGGAAGAAAUGGAGUAGCAGUACUGUCAUUGGCCUAGUUAAUUGAGACCCCCAGCUAAUUCUUUAGAGACAUGGGCAAGUCCCACCACGACAGGUGGUGAAAUCUGAAUUCAACACGAAGAAAUUUAGAAUUAAAAACUGGUCCAAUGUCAAGUGUUGUCGAAUUUUGCAAAAGCCAAUGUGAUUCACCGUAGGGAAAGGAAAUCUGUCAUCCUGACCCAGUCUGGCCCACAUGUGACCUCUGGGCUCAGAUAAAUAUUCCUUUUUUAAUUCCAUUUUAAAUGACUUUAGCCAGCCAUUCAGAUCAAGAGGCAGCUAAAGGUGGGCAAUGAGGAUAGUCAGCCCAUGGAUCCCCACAUCCCUCGAAUGAAUAUAUUAAAAAGAAAAGUUUGUCAGGUUAAGGUUAGACUGCCUGGUUCAUGCCAGAUGACAAUGGCAUAAGUAUGUAAGGGAAGUAACAGUUGAGAAUGCAGAAUACUGUACUAGGAGCUGAGGCUGGCAUAGAGAAAUAUACUGCAGUGAUAGCAGCUGGAGGCUGGAAAUUGAGGAGGGGAAAGGCAGUGACACAUAGAAACCCUACAGGUGCAGAUAAAGGCCAUUCAGCCUAUCAUGCCUGCACUGACCCUCUGAUGACCAUCCCACCCAGACCCUAACCCCAUAGCUCCACAUUAAUCCUGGCUAAUGUACCCAGCCUACACAUCUCUGGACACUACUGGAGAAUUUAGCAUGGCCAACCCACCAUCUUUGGACUACAGGAGGAAAAUGGAGCGCCCAGAGGAAACUAAUGCCAACAAGGGGUGAGUGUGCAAAUCCCCCACAGCCUGUCAUCCAAGGCUGGAAUGAAACCUCAGUCCCUAGUGCUGUGAGGUGGUGGUGCUAACCACAGAGCCACUCUGCCAUCACUGAAUGGCAAAGCAGUAGGUGGUAUAGGGUUGAUCAUGGAUUAGCUCUGUAUGCAUUGACACUGCCAUCACUGCCCGUUCAGAAGGCUGGGUAGCUUGGCUGAAGUUCCUCCUGCCGUUAGGAUUGAGUCAGGUGGUGGGUCUAACUACAUCUACCAUUGUCCACAAUCCACAAUGGGAGCUGCCCAUGGACAAGGUGUCGUUUCGCUAUCAGAGAGAGGUACAUUGUUGUUAAACUCCAACAGGAACACACAAAAAGCUUACUCGUUACUGCCCACCGCCAAGAUCAGAAGGAGACCCAGUAAACAAUGUCACCAGCACUGGUGGCCUGUCUAUUGGAUUUCAUUUCAUCAGCUGCAAAUGUGGGUCCAUUUGUGGUCACAUGAUCAAGUGAAAGGUCCAAGCAAAUAUUCACUAUGUGCAUAAUUCAGAGCUAUUUCUACCCUAUACAACUGUACAUGUCAGAAUUAUAAUAUUCUGGUUACGCCUUUGUAAUUUCUAAUCUGGUAGUGAGCUAUCUUCACUUGGUCACCUGAAUAGGGGUAGAUGCAGGGAUGUUUGUUUCCCCUAUAGGAGAGCGUAGGACCAGAAAAAAAAUCUCACAAUAAGGGGUCGCACAUUUAAGACGAAGAGAUGUUGUGUGCGCUGACUGUAAUGAGAUCAGCAUAUGUGGACCUCGUAAAAUAUAAAUUCCCUGAUUGGCGCUGUUAAUCUGGUUCGAUUAGGGAGCCCUGGCUGACAGAUAUAAACAGGAGGGCCGGAGGUUCUGUUCACUCUAAGAGCUGGCACUGAAGAAGCUGGAUCAAUGUCAAAGACUCUCCAUGUGUAAAUGAAAGACGACUCAGCACUGGGAUCCUGCCCUCUGUGGAGUUAUUUCAUGGAGUACUUUCUUUUCUGAGAUUUGUGAAUCACUGGAUUCUUAACUGUGGAAGCUUGUUGAGGCUGGGUCAUUAAGUAUACUUGAGGCUCAGUAAGGGAAUCAGGGGUUGGGGGGAAAUGGCAGGAAAGUGGAGGUAAGGAUAAUCAAAUCAGCCAUGAUCUCACUGAAAGGGAGCGGGGGUUGGGUUGUAGAUUCAAAGGUCCUAAGUUACUUCUGCAGAUAAUGUAAUUGUGGAACAUCUGAGCCACCCCAUAGCAACAUUACCCAUUUCUCCACCUGUUGUUUGGACCAAGAUUAAUUUUUCAUAGAAUCCCUUUUGGCACAGAAAGAGACUAGUCAGCCCACCAAGCCUGCACUAACCCACCGAAGAGCCCCCGGCACUGUGAGGCAGUAGCGUUAAUGACUGAGCCACCCAUCUUUGCAGCUGUUAUCAUUCCAGUAGCAAGUAAUCCAGAAUAGAUUAAUGGAGAGGCUUAAGGUGGGCCGGUGUAAUCAUUUGAGGUACUCUCCAUUACCAAACCACCAGCAGCCAUGGUUUGAUUCCAUCUGUCUCCAGUAGCAGGUUCUUGAUGUUUCCAUUGACUGAGAAUUGUCAGUUCUGAUAUCAGCUGCCACCUUCGAUGUCAGCUCCCGUGUUGCAUUUCCAUUGUGUAUCUUGCUGGCAAUGAAUUCACUUUUUAAAUGGGUUACACAACAUCGUCUGAGCUCUAAGCAAGCAUGAAGUCACUCAGUAAUAAUGAAGCAAUUAUGAGAGUUAGGAAGCAGACACAGACUAGCCCUCAGAUAUGUGAUAUGGGUGAUUGGAACAAUUCCAACAUCUAAAAUAGCCUGAGCAAUGUUGCAAUAGUUAAUUUUAUAUCUGUUGUAUUUUUAUAAAUUUUGUGAACUUUAUUCACAGAUUUGAUAAUGGUGGAAAACAUGGCUGUAAUGGUAUGUACAAGUUCAUUUGUCAGAUCCCCUCUUAACCCAUUAAUGUAGUCUUGGAACUUACAUUAUUUAAUCUCUCCAAACAAUUCUGAUGCUAAAUGAAAAAGACACUACUAGGAUAUCAUAGUGAAUAUUCAAAACUGAGCAUCUCACAGGGAUGUAGGUUUUUGUUCUCAAUAUACAAACUAUUAGGAUGUAUCACGCAUAAAGUAUAACAUUGCAGAAACUAAAAAGGCACUUUAAGAUUAAACUAUAUAAAAUGUUCUGGUAAUAGCUAUUUAUUUGUGUAAUGUGUAUUAAGUUUGAUAAUAUGAGCUAAUUUUUGGUAGUUUAAGCAUGCUGUGAAUAUAUUCCAUAUCAGAAACUCAGUUCCUUUUUACCUCAUUGGAUCAAUAGCAAUUGCUCCUUGUGCUUUAUUUUUAAA